ACACGAGGCAUUUCGACUGCUCGCACCAUGAUUGCUUUCAAGUUAGCACUAAGCCUGACCCUUUUGGUAGCGUAUGCCUGCGCAGAUGGCAUUCACGGGGGCUUUGGACACGGCGGCUUCGGACACGGCGGCUUUGGGGGACACGGUACAUCCUUUGGCAAUUUCGUAAAUCACGGAUCCUACGGGGGACACAGAGGCUUCUUCGGAGGGCACGGCGGAGGUUUCCACGGCCUCCGUGGAGGGUACGGAGGAGGAGGCACGUCUUACAGCGUGGUUAACCUCGGACCUCCUUUGCCCUUCAGAGGUGGUGGAUACGGGGGAGGUUUCAAUCAUGGCGGGUUCUCAGGGUAUGGAAAGUAGAAGGAGAAAUGUGUGAGUUUUCCUCCCUGUAAAAUUUGAUUGCUAGUUUUCCUUAUAGUGUUUCUCCUAAUUCUGCAAAGCACUCGUAGUUGUGUAGCUUUGUAAAAGCAGGCUAGUUCUGCCUUAUUGUCAUUAACUCUGCUAUUCCCUUUUCUUUCCUAUUCUUCUUUUGUUCAGUCAUCCAUAUUGCUCAGUUUUAUCUAAUCUAAGCCACAGAAGUACAGGUGAUACGUCAAGAAAUGAAUCUAUUUAUUAGCAUGGAUUCUAAACAUAAAAUAACUGUUGACAUGAAGAUAUCGUGAUUACAAUAUUAAACACUAUAUUGUCAUGGAACUGUUUAUUUCAUCUUAUUUGCUGAUAAAUGUGAUUCAGGUGUCCACAUUAUUCUAUUUCAUAGGUUUACUUAAGGUCGCUUUCGAGAUCUACGCUUAGUUUGUUAUGAUUUAUUUAAAAUGAAAACUGUUGAUGAUUCUGUUUUUUUAAUUGGUAGAAAGUUCUCGGAAAAUAAUAACCUUCGCUACCUUUACAACGUGAUAAUAAAAUGUUAUUUACACCUUC